GUUUAGGAUAGUGAUAGUGAGACACUCACUGACACGUGACACUGUGUUUGUUGUUAGUUACUACUUAGCACUCGUGAGUUGAAAAAUAUGCGUGAAUCUGAUAAUGGAUGCGUGGCUUAGAGAAGCUGAAGAGGCCUCGCAAUGGGUGGAGGACUUAGAGAGCAGAAUUAAUCACACGAGUUUGAGUGUGAGUGUGAGUGUCGUAAACUCUGCUCGAUCCAAACUAUUGGAGCUUGGAGUGAAGCUCGAUCGCCUUGAAUCGCUUCUACGCAACCCACCCACUAAACCCAUAUUAACACAUGAAGAUCUGGAUUUCCGUUGGACAAUGCUUUCUGAUAUCCAGCUAAGAACCAGAACUUUGGCUCGCUCUCUUUAUGCAUUACCAUGCCCAAACAGGCCAAGAAAUGUUUCUGCUACUGGUAGCAAAGAAUACAACGUUAGCCCUGAAUUUUAUGACCAAGAUCAGUUGCAAACCUCAUACUCCCAAGGUCAAUCAGAGUUGCUGAAACCUCUUCUGCAGUCAGAUGAUGCAAACAGAAGUCAGGUGGAGUUGAUUCUGUUUUGUGAGCUAGCAGGUUCAACCGUUUAGUUUUAUGUCAAGGAUUUCACUAUGGAAGGCUUGUUUUGCUAUCUUUAUGUUCGUGGGACUGGCUGCACUUCUAUUCGUUGUUAUUCUUCUCUCCACAGCCAUCUAAUGGCAUUCGCGUCAUACAAAUUGAAUAAUCAGAUGCUUUCCUGAAAUGAUCUGACGAUUCAAUACACCAGAGGAAGAACCAUGAUGGCUCUUUUCAAAUAUAUGUGCAAAUAUUACUUAGUUAUGUAAAUCUAGCUUUUCAGAAUAAUGCCUUUAUAAAGAAAAGGAAGACUCCUCAUGGGGUGGCAUAUUGAAUUUAGUCAACUUGAAGAAGUGGGUGGGGGGACAUAUACACACACCAGUAAAUUGCAGCCUGUUAGGGAUGCAGUUCAGAAUGCUUGUGGACUUGAACGUGCAAUGAACCAUAUUGCAAUUAAAAUGUUAACAUUUGGGGGGGAUUGAAUUUGAUGCUGUAGGUAUAUCAUCCUAUCCAAUUGCAUCUCAAAUAAUAAUUAAAUAAUAGAAGUUAUC